AUGGCCAAGGCGGCAGCGUGUAAAGCCAUUGAGCUUAACGAUAACGAUGGGAGAGUCUGCGGCUGUGCAAGGGGUGCACACGAGGACUCGCACAUCCAGUGGGUGCUUGUUGCUGUCUCUGCUGUCACCCUGAUCCUGCACGCCCUGCUCCUGCUGACCCUUUACAUCAUGCAGCCCCCGGCCCCCCCAGCGGGAGGGGAUGGGACACAGAGACCGACCUACGCGGGGAGCAGCGACACGUCUUCGGAGACCUCGGAGGACUCGGACAGCAGCCCUUCCUGCCCGCAGGACCCUCGCUCGGAGGAGAACCUCAAUUACACAGCCCUGGUCUUCCCGGGGAAAGGCCGCGGGCCGGGCUCCACUGGCGACUACGAGAACAUGAAGACGGGGGUGGACUACGUCAACGUGGACCCCAAAAAGAGGAAAGGGGAUUUCUGGCCCUGCUCCAGCCCCGUGGCGUCCAAGUCCAUCGAGUACACCGAGGUGAAGCUGUGA